GUUAGUCGCUAAAGCAAAAGCAAGCAAAAGCGUCCCCCGCAGUAUUCCUCUAUUCCCUUAGUAACUCGUGUUGGUAGUUGUCGAGAUGCCGGGUAUUUCGUCUGUUAAUAUGCUUUUGAUGAAAAAGUGAAUACAUAUAUAUAAUACGCAUAUAUUACAUAGAAAAAAAAAUUUUUUUUUUUAAAUAAUAUAACAAGAGUAAAGGCCAAAGAGGCGCCUCAAUACAGACACCACCAAAAACUCGAAAUUUAUAUCAUCGAAAAUAUACUUGUUGGCUGUAGCAGGCUGUAGUAGAAAUUUAAUUUUUUUUCUUGAAAAACACACAUGUGUUGUGUAUAUAAUACAACUAUAUAUAAAAGCAUAACAGUAGUGAGUGCGUGCAGGGAGAUUUUAUAUAUAUAUUAUAUUUUUUUUCCUGUGAGAAGCUGAAAAAGAGGCUGAGAGUGAGGAGCAGUGACGAGACAACAGAGUGGACUGUCCAGUUGAGUGAUGAUAUAAAUGGAUCCAAUGUGCUGAAUGAUUGAAUGAAAUAAAUAAAAACGAAAUUUAAAUAAAAUUUAAAAAUGGAUAUAAUUUUUAAUCGACAAGUUUCAUUUUUUAUCUUGUUGAUUAUUGCUACAAUUAUUGCAGUUAUUGCUGAUGGACAAACGAGGGAUCCUGAAAAGUCUCCAUUUCGAGGAUCACUUCAGCGUGGAGACAUGCCGCCACCAGAAGCAACUGAUUAUUACGGCCCGAUACAAUUUUUUUCAAGGGCCAGAGGUCCACAUGGAAAACGUAAACAUCCAUGUGAACAAAGUUCAUGUUACCCAGCAACUGGUAAUUUAUUAAUUGGAAGAAAACAUAAAUUAUCAGCAUCAUCAACUUGUGGAUUAAAAGGACACGAGAGAUACUGCAUAGUAACACAUUUAAAAGAUAGAAAAAAAUGUUUCUUUUGUCAAGCAUCAAAUCCAUUGAGACAGCAUAACAUAACAAACAUAGUUAAUGGACCUCAUAAAACUACAUGGUGGCAAGCUGAAAAUGGAGUUGAAAAUGUAACAAUAAGAUUUGAUCUUGAGGCUGAAUUUCAUUUUACUCAUCUGAUUAUUCGUUUCCAAACAUUUCGACCAGCUGCAAUGUUGAUUGAACGUUCACAUGAUGGAGGAGAGACAUGGCAAGUUUAUAGAUAUUUUGCUCAUGAUUGUGAAAGAUCAUUUCCUGGUAUAUCAACUGAACAACCAAAAAGAUUAACUGAUGUUAUAUGUGAAUCAAGAUAUUCAAAUGUUGCUCCAUCAUCUGGUGGUGAAAUAAUAUUUCGUGUAUUACCACCAAAUCUUCAAUCAGUCAUUGACAAUCCAUACUCAGUUGAAGUACAAAAUCUCAUGAAAAUGACAAAUAUGAGAAUUAAUUUUACAAAAUUACAUACACUAGGUGAUGAUUUGCUAGAUGACAGAGCUGAAAUACGUGAAAAAUAUUAUUAUGCUAUUCAAGAUGUUACAAUAAGAGGUUCAUGUUCAUGUUAUGGUCAUGCAUCAGCAUGUCUUGAGUUACCUGGUGUUGUUAAUGAAGAAGAAAUGGUACAUGGUAGAUGUGAAUGUACACACAAUACAAAAGGUCUCAAUUGUGGUCAAUGUCAAGAUUUAUAUAAUGAUGGACCAUGGAAACCAGCUGUUGGAAAACAAACAAAUGCAUGUCGUAAAUGUAAUUGUAAUGAGCAUGCAUCAUCAUGUGUAUUUAAUGAAACAAUAUAUGAAAAAUCUGGUAAAGUAUCUGGUGGUAUUUGUACAAAUUGUAUGCAUAAUACAAUGGGACAUAAUUGUGAACAAUGUAUACCAUAUUAUUAUCAUGAUGAAAGUAAAAAUAUAACAAAUCCAGAAGCAUGUAUUGAGUGUAAUUGUGAUCCAAAUGGUACAUUAGAUGAUGGUAUUUGUGAUUCACGUACAAAUCCAUUAACAGGACAAGAAUCUGGACGUUGUCAUUGUAAAGCAAAUGUUGAAGGACGUAGAUGUGAUCGUUGUAAAAAUGGAUACUGGAAUUUUGAUCCAAAUAAUCCAGAUGGUUGUCAGCCAUGUACAUGUAAUACAUAUGGUACAAUUAAUAAUCAAGGAUGUGAUCAAAUAACUGGUGAAUGUACAUGUAAACGUUAUGUAACAGCACGUGAUUGUAAUCAAUGUUUACCAGAAUAUUGGGGUUUAUCUGAUGAUCAUGAUGGUUGUAAACCAUGUGAUUGUGAUUUAGGUGGUUCAUAUGAAUCAACAUGUGAUGUUGUUACUGGACAAUGUAAAUGUAGACCACAUCUUGAUACAAGAACAUGUAAAUCACCAGAACAAAGUUAUUAUACUGGUUCACUUGAUUUUUUAAUUUACGAAGGUGAAUUAGCUAAAGGAACAAGUAAUUGUCAAGUUAUCAUUAGAGAACCAUACAGAGAUGGUAGAAAUAAUACAUGGACUGGUAUGGGUUUUAUGAAAGCACCAGAAACAUCAACAAUUAAUUUUUCAAUUGAUAAUAUUAAAAAAUCAAUGUGGUAUGAUAUUAUAAUACGUUAUGAGCCAUUACAACCAGGUAUAUGGCAAAAUGUUGAAAUAAUUAUUGAACGUAAUGAGCCAAUAGAUAAUAAUGGACCAUGUGCUGAUUGGAGACCAGAGGAUGAUAGACUAUGGAUACAGUUACCUGAUAAUGCUAGAAGUGCUGUUGUUAAUCCAUCAGUUUGUCUUGAAAAUGAUAAAACAUAUAAAAUAUUGUUGACAUUUAGAAGAUUUGAUGAUAAUUCAGAAACACCAACAGCAUCAAUUCUCGUUGAUUCAAUAAUAUUAAGACCAAGAUACGAAGAAAUACCAUUCUUUUCUGGUUCUGGUCCUGGUGAAUUACGACGUAAAGAAUUUGAAAGAUAUCGUUGUAAUGAGUUGUUUAAUAGUGUAACAACAUAUAAUCAAGAAAAUGAAAUAUGUGAAAAAUAUUUAAAUAGCAUUGGUUCAUGGGUAUUUGAUGGUGCAUAUUCAUGUGAUUGUAAUCCAACUGGUUCACAUAGUUUAUUGUGUGAACAAUAUGGUGGUACAUGUUCAUGUAAAACAAAUGUUGUUGGUAGAAAAUGUGAUCGUUGUGCACCUGGUACAUAUGGUUUUGGUCCAAAUGGUUGUAUUGUAUGUGAUUGUGAUGGUGCUGGUGCACUUGAUAAAUUAUGUGAUGCAGAAACAGGUCGUUGUAAAUGUCGUCAAAAUGCAUAUGGUAGAACUUGUGGUCAAUGUGAGCCUGGUUUUUGGAAUUUUCCAAAUUGUAAACGUUGUGAAUGUAAUGGACAUGCUGAUAAUUGUGAUUCAAAAACAGGUGCAUGUUUAUCAUGUCGUGAUUCAACAACUGGACAUAAUUGUGAUCGUUGUAUUGAUACAUAUUAUGGUGAUCCAAGAAUUGGUGUUGAUAUACCAUGUCGUUCAUGUCCAUGUCCUGGUACAAUUGAUUCUGGUCAUUCAUAUGCUGAUAGUUGUUUACUUGAUUCAAUAACACAUGAUGUUAUUUGUGAAUGUUAUGAGGGUUAUUCUGGUGCACGUUGUGAAAAUUGUGCUGAAAAUUAUUUUGGUAAUCCAGAUGAUAAUAAUGGUAAUUGUCAACUUUGUAAUUGUAAUAAUAAUACUGAUAUAUCAAGAAUUGGUAAUUGUGAUUCACAUACUGGACGUUGUUUACAAUGUUUAUAUGAUACAGAUGGUACAAAUUGUCAAAUUUGUAAACCUGGAUAUUAUGGUAAUGCAUUAGAAAAAAAUUGUCAAGAUUGUAUGUGUAAUCCACUUGGUACUGAUCCAUUAGCUGGACCAUGUAAUAAUAUUGAUGGACAGUGUCCUUGUUUACCACAUGUUAUUGGUAAACUUUGUGAUUCAUGUGAAGAAAAUCAUUGGCGUAUUGCUAGUAAUCAAGGUUGUGAUCCAUGUGAGUGUGAUCCAAUUGGUAGUAAAUCAGAUAAUUGUAAUGAAUUUGAUGGUAAAUGUGAUUGUCAUGAAGGUUUUGGUGGUACUCGUUGUAAUGAAUGUCAAACUAAUUAUUGGGGUAAUCCAAAUAUACGUUGUCAACCUUGUGAUUGUGAUGAUAUUGGCUCAUCAAGUUCACAAUGUGAUCGUGAAACUGGACGUUGUAUUUGUCAUCAAGGUAUUGGUGGUGAAAAAUGUGAUCAAUGUGAUAGAAGUUAUAUUGGUACAGCACCAAGUUGUACUCCAUGUGGUGAAUGUUUUGAUAAUUGGGAUUUAACACUUGAUGGUUUAAAAAAUCAUACAAAUCAAGUUAUUCAAGAAGCGCUGAGAAUACAAAAAGUUGGUACAACUGGUGUUUAUAGUCAACAAUUUGAUGCAAUGUCACAAUCAUUGGAACAAGUUAAAGAAAUUAUUGAAAAUACAACAAUUAGAAGUCAAGAUUUAGAUGAAAUUAAUAAUACAGAAGAUAAAUUAUCACAAAAUUCAGAUAAAUUAGCAGAAUCACUUGAUAUUGUUACUAAUCAAUUGGAAAAUGUUAAUGUUAGAGUUAGUUUUGGUGAUGCUGCUUUAAAUACAUUAAAAACAAGAAAAAAUAAUCUUCAUGAUAAUACAACUGCAUUAAAAGAAAAUGCUUUACGUCUUCAAGAAGCAAAUGUACAAGGUGCAUUAAAUGUUACACAUCAAAUGGCUGAACAAUCAAAGUUAGCUGAAAAAAUGGCAAAUGAAACUAAAAAUGUUUUAGCUGAUGCUGAAAGAUAUCGUAAAAAUACUGAAACACUUUUAGCUAAAAAUAAUGAUAUUGUUGAUGAUGAACAAGAAAAAAUUAAAAAUUCUAUUGAAAAAUUAAAUGAAGAUUUGUCUAUAUUAGAAAAAGAAAUACCUGGAUUUAAUUUAAAAAUGUGUGGUGAAAGUGUUACUGAUUGUAGUAAUGUUUGUGGAGGUGCUGGUUGUGAUUUUUGUGGUGGUAUAUCAUGUGAAGCUGGUGCUGUUACAAAAGCUCGUCAAGCACUUGAUGUUGCUAAACAACAAACUGAAAAAAUUAAAAAUUACAAAGAUAAUGCUGAAAAUUUAUUGAAUAAAAUGAUUCAGCUAAAACAAGAUGCCACAACAGCUCGUUCAAAUGCACAAGAUGCAUUUAAUUUUGCUCAAGAUGUACAAAAUAAAUCAGAUAAAAUUAUUAAAACAGCUGAUGAUUUGACUGAUAAAGUUAAAAGUUUUCUUGAAGAAGAUCAAGCAACACCAGCAAUGAUACGUUACAAAGCUGAAUCAGUACUAAAUAAAAAUAUUCAUCUUAAACCAGAUGAGAUAAGUGCUUUAGCUGAAGAAAUUGGUAGUAUUGUUGUUUCAUUAACAGAUUCUGAUAAAAUUUUAUCUGACACAUCAGCAGAUUUAAAAAUGGCUAAUAAUUUAGAAGAAAAUGCAAAUCGUGCCAAAGAAUUAGCUCUUGAUAAACAAGCACAAGUUGAAAAAGUUGUAAGUAUACUUAAUGAAACACAAUUAGCACAAAUAAAAGCUACAAUUUCAGUUGAAAAUGCAAAAAAAGAUAUUGCAUUAUCAGAAUCUGAUCUUGAUGAUAUUAAUAAAAUAACAAAUCAAGCACAAAUGAAAGCUGGUAAUACAACAAUUGCUGUUGAAUCAUUAGAAGCAAGAUUAAAACAAUUACAAACACAAUCUGGAAGAAAUAAUUUUCUAUUAAAUGAACAAAUUAAAAAAGAACUAUCAACAUUAGCUGAUGAAGCACAAAAAAUUAAAGAUAAAUCAGAAAAAUUAGGUACUGAAUAUAAGACAGCAAGUGAUACAUUAAAUGAUCGUGUUAAUAAAAGUAAAGGUGUCAUUGAAAGAGCCAAAAAUUUACUUCAACGUGCAUCAGAACUAACUGCUGAUACAAGUACUAAAUUUAAAGAUUUAGAAGGCAUGGAAAGUGUCUACAGCGAUAAUGAUAGACUCUUGAAUUCUUUGAUGACUACUGUUGAUGGAUUGAACGAUCAAAUGGUCAAGUAUUUAGCUGAUAUUGAAGAAAAAUCCCAAAGAUAUAGACGUUGCUCAGCAUAAUUAUUUUAAAUGUAUUUUUUUUUUUAUUUUUUUUUUCUUCACUUGAGGCACCGACCAAAGCAUGUGCCAUAUUUAGGCGAGUCAAACUCAUCUUUUCUUUAUACGAUUUUUAUAAAUAUAAAUAUAUUUCAUUAUUAUCUUUAAAGGAUAUAAAAAAUUUAACAAUUAAGAAAAAUAUUAAAUUUAUUUUAUGCACUAUCAUACAUUUAGAAAUAUAUAUAUUUUUUUUUUUUUAAAGUUAAAACGGUUGCCUCUUGUCAAUUACCAAAUUUUUGAAUUUUAAAAAUCAACGUACUUUUAAA